AUGUCAUUAAACAUUCGAGGUAUGGGAGAGAGAUACAAAAUUGAAUGGGUUCGUAGACUUAGAAAUGAAAACAAACUAUGUAUGAUUGGGAUUCAGGAAUCAAAAUUAGGUGAGUCUACCCCGACUCUAAAUGUCACUGACUGUUGGGGGGACUGGGAAUAUGGAUUUGAGCAAGUAUUUACCACAGGACGAUCUGGAGGUCUUGUCUCUAUCUGGGAUCGCAAACAGUUUUUGGUGAUUGAGACCAUCAAAUCCAGAUACUUUAUCGCGGUUUUGGGGAAUUUUGUUGGAAUUAAUGGGUUAACAGGUUUUCUAAAUGUUUAUGGACCUAAAUCAGAGAUAGAUAAAUCAAAUGUCUGGGCUGAAUUGUUAACAUUGAAAAGCUCUAAAUCAGCCACUUGGAUCUUUAUAGGUGAUUUUAAUGUGGUGCGACGGUCAGAGGAGAGAAUAAACUCGAUUUUUUGUAUGCGUAGUGCUAAUGACUUCAAUCACUUCAUCUGUUUGAGCAAACUCAAUGAUCUGAAGAUGGGUGGCCAAAGAUUCACCUAUUUUCAAACUCGGGGUGCUAAACUUAGUAAGUUAGAUUGA